CUGCAGCUCUACCCUGAGGACUCGUCUCCGGAGGCUGUGGAGUUUCGGAGGAAAGUGAAGUCGUUGCUGCAUUUAGCUGCUCGAACGCUCGCUCACCUCGACAUCCCCUUCUGGCUCAGCAGCGGCACCUGUCUGGGCUGGUUCAGGCAGUGCAGUAUCAUCUCGUACAGUCGUGACGUCGAUAUCGGGAUUUUCAUUGUGGACUUCAGGUCGGACAUUGUCGCAGCGUUCAGGGACGCCGGCCUGUCACUCAAACACAAGUUUGGAAAGGUGGAGGACAGUCUAGAGCUUUCGUUUCUGAGUGACGACGUCAAACUGGAUGUUUUCUUCUUCUACGAGGACGGAGACGUCGUGUGGAACGGAGGAACGCAGGCGAAGAGUGGCAGGAAGUUCAAGUACGUCUUCCCUCGCUUCUCGCUCUGCUGGGCGGAGCUUCUGGAGCUGAAGGUGCGUGUUCCCUGCGAAACGCUCGACUACGUGAAGGCGAACUACGGCGCCAGCUGGAGCGUCCCCGUGAGGAGCUGGGACUGGAAGACGUCACCUAGCAACGUGCAGGAAAACGGGGUGUGGCCUCUUGUGGAGUGGGUGGAGCUUAUUCAAGUGUACUGAAACAUGUGACCCGAAAUAAAACCUGAAACUACAAA